CAAAUGCACCGUUGGAUACUUGAAUAGUCCCCAUGGUCAAUUGUCUCUCAAAAUGGGAAAUUCUGAUAUUCCGGAUACAGGUGGGCUACAAGGAAUAGAAAUUAAGACGCCUUUGGACCCGGAUUGGGGAGUCUAUUCUUCCACAUACAACCGCCGUGUCCCUGUUAUACCGAGAAUCGUGGUUCUCCCUGCAACUACUGAGCAUGUUUCUCAAGCUGUUCGUUGGGCUGCUGCAUAUGGCUUCAAGGUUCAGGCUCGCUCAGGCGGCCAUUCGUAUGCGUCACAUAGCAGUGGAGGAAUGGACGGAUCUGUAGUGAUCGACCUGCGAAGAUUGCAAAACAUUGAGCUUGGCCAAGAUGGAAUCGUGCGAGUAGGUGGUGGAGUGAGACUGGGAAAUCUGGACCGUGCUAUCUGGCAAGAUGGAAGAGCAAUUGCCCACGGCACUUGCCCGACCGUUGGCAUCGGAGGGCAUUUCACACAUGGUGGUUUUGGUGUCACAUCACGGGCAUGGGGCCUGUCCAUGGAUCAGAUUCUGCGGUUAGAUGUUGUCAUGGCAGAUGGACAGAUUGUCCAAGCGUCAGAAAUGGUGAAUAACGACUUGUUUAUGGCAAUGCGUGGAGCUGCAGACUCAUUCGGUAUUGCUGUCAACUUCUACAUUCGAACACAGGAGGCACCCAAGGCUAUCACCAAAUGGUCCGUUGACCUCCCACAGGCUAUGAAGACUGUCGAUAACGCUGUCGAGACAUUCCAGUAUAUACAGGACUUCGUCAACGAUGCGUCUAAGAUCGACCGAAAUCUGAAUGUUGUCAUCUUCCUCGGCCACGAUCGUUUUACCAUCGAAGGAACAUACUUAGGAGGCGCUUUGCAAUUUCAUGAUAUGGUCUUGAUGCCGUUGCUGCAAGGGUGCCCGGCAAAGGAUGGCCAUAGCGCCAGCUACAACCCAGUUGGCUGGAUGAUGCUACUGCAGCAGUUGGCUGAUGGCCAGGAUCUCAAUGUCAGCCCCAACCACAUGGAGCGCCUAAUCUUCUUCGCCAAGAGUGUCGCAGUGUCCAAUCCUGGACUAUCAAGGGAUGAAUUGAAGACCUACUUUGAGUACCUCCUGUCCGAGGGGCAGUCCACAUCGAUUGGGUACUUCGUUGGCGUCCAACUAUAUGGAGGGAUUGACAGCCAAAUCACUGCUAACACUAUGCGUGAUGCUUACGGGCACCGGGAUGCCAUGUGGAUGUUUCAGCACUAUGGGUUCGUCAACGAGGGGACGUUUCCGGAAGAGGGUAUUCGGUUCAUUGACAACUUGAACAAGGCAUUAGGAUCUAAACAUGGCGCCUCUAAUAACUAUGCUGACCCGUCAAUGGAGAGAGACGAGGCACAUAAGCUGUACUACGGCGCCAAGCUUGAGAUACUCACGAAGCUCAAGGGAGCGCUUGAUCCCCAAGAUGUGUUUUCUCACCCACAGUCAAUUCAGAAAGAGUAG